CGUCACAUGGAGAGAUACAACAGCAGUAGCUGCUACACCACUAAUCACACAACAUUAACAUAACUAGCUACUAAAAGCUAACCUGGCUAGCUAAUUGCUUCGUCUUCUUCAUGCAGUCGGAUUUGCAAAUUUGCAAGAAACAAAAUUCGUAGACGGUGCAAAACGGAAAACAAUAUUACGGUCACACACAUCUACCGUGGCCUCUUAUUGCAUCCAGUAGGCAGGGUAUUUAGGCUAGCUAGCGACUCUGCCUUGGCUAGCGUCAGGCUAGCCAGCUAGCUAGCUAGCUACUAACAUCGCUAUCGGUAGUUAGCUAGCUAGCGAGCUGUAGUAACUUACGUCAUGGAGGAACUAGUCGUGGAAGUAAGAGGGACAAGUGGGGCUUUUUAUAAGGGCUUUGUAAAGGAUGUUCACGAAGGAUCUGUCAUGGUAGCAUUUGAAAACAACUGGCAGCCGGAGCGGCAGAUCCCAUUCCAGGAUGUGCGCUUUCCUCCUCCAACAGGGUUCUGCAAGGAGAUCAGUGAGAGCGAUGAGGUCGAGGUGUAUUCUAGGGCGAAUGACAAAGAGCCAUGUGGAUGGUGGCUAGCCAAGGUUCGCAUGGUCAAAGGGGAGUUUUAUGUAAUAGAGUACGCCGCAUGUGAAGCCACAUUAAAUGAGAUAGUGACGCUGGAGAGGUUACGGCCGGUCAACCCGAAUAAACCAGCCACCAAAAACACCUUCAUUAAGAUCCGACUGGAUGUACCCGAAGAUCUACGGCAAAUGUGCUCCAAGGAAUCAGCACACAAAGACUUCAAAAAGGCUGUGGGAGCGUUCAGUGUCACCUACGACUCAGAGAAAAAGCAGCUGGUCAUUUUGUCGGUGAAUGAGGUCACAACAAAGCGGGCCAAUAUGAUGAGCGACAUGCACUUCAGGAGCCUCCGCACCAAGCUGUCUCUAAUGCUGAGGAACGAAGAGGCCAGCCGACAGCUGGAGAGCUCCAGACAGCUGGCGUCUCGGUUUCAUGAACAGUUUGCUGUUCGGGACGAUUUAAUGGGUCUGGCCAUCGGGACUCACGGGGCCAACAUCCAGCAGGCACGUAAAGUUCCUGGAGUCACUAACAUAGACCUGGAUGAAGAGACCUGCACCUUCCACAUAUACGGAGAGGACCAGGAUGCUGUCCGUAUAGCCAGAAGUUUCCUGGAGUUUUCCGAAGAUAUCAUCAAAGUUCCCCGGAACUUAGUAGGGAAGGUGAUUGGCAAGAACGGCAAGCUGAUUCAGGAGGUGGUUGACAAGUCCGGUGUGGUUCGGGUUCGUAUUGAGCCUGAGAACGACAAAAAACCAUCAGCAGCAGCAGCAGCAGCAGCUGAUGAGGGAAUGGUGCCAUUUGUGUUUGUGGGAACCAAGGAAAGCAUCUCCAAUGCAACAGUACUACUAGACUAUCACCUCAACUACCUUAAGGAGGUGGACCAGUUGCGACUGGAGCGUCUGCAGAUCGAUGAGCAGCUGAGACAGAUAGGCGGUGGAGGUGGAGGAGGGGGGACAGGGCCCCGAAACCCUAAAGACAAAACCUACGUGUUCGAUAAUGGAAUGGGGCUCGGGAUGGGCCGAGGAGGUGGAGGAGGAAAGCCCUAUGGAGGAGGGGGAAGAGGUGGACGAGGGCGGAGAGGAGGAGGAGCUGCUUUUGCUUCAGGCACCAACUCUGAGGCAUCCAACGCUUCAGAGACAGAGUCAGACCACAGAGACGAGCUCAGCGAUUGGUCGCUGGCCCCCACCGAGGAGCUAAUGACAGGAGGUGGGACCCUGCCCAGACGGACAGAUGGGAGGAAGAGAGGAGGCGGCGGCGGGCUGAGAGGACGAGGAGGGAGAGGAAGAGGAGGGGGAGGAUAUAAAGGUGACGACAUGCAGUGGAACGAGCCGAGAACUCGUCACAUCAGAGACUCAAAGACAAGAGGCCAAGAAGACACUCUGCAGAUUCGUGUGGACGGGAACAACGAGCGUAGCGUGCAGCACUCCUCAGGUGGCCGAGGCGGUCCGUCCUCCUCCCAGGGCAGUCUCAGUGGCAGCGGCGAGGGACAGCCCCGCCAUCAUCAUCAGAGACCUACAAGAGACAGAGGGAUGAAGAAGGAGAAACAGGACGCUCCCGCGCUGGUGAACGGAGUGUCGUAGAUACCCCACUGGAGGACCUUCUCACUUAGACACACACACACAGGCAACUCAUCACAGAACAUCGUAGAGUCUCAGUCUCUGCUUUUUCUUUUCUGUCUCUGUCUAACACAAGAAUACACAUAUUUCCAUCAGCAUGGAAGUGUUUACAGUAGUGAAGUCUUAGGCUGGAGGUGAUCUUGUAUCUGCUGGUCUGGUCUGUUCUUGACUGGUGUUGUAUCUCCUGCGCAUUCUCUGGAUGAAAGAAGAGGAGGAAUUAGACUAAAGCUCAUCUCACACACAACCAUUAACCCCAAACAUACUCCUGCCCCACUAAACCAACUAAGAGUUUGUUUACUGAUGCCCCAUUUGGACUGGCUAAUGUGAGAGAGAAAAAUGAGGCAAAAGAAAUCAUUGGCCAUCGGGAAUCAAAGAUUUGCAGCCACUGGAGAAAGCAGGAUGGAAUAUGUGCCCCGUCUCCCUGAAAAGCACACUUUUAGGAGGUGGCUUCAGUUUUUUCGGCAGGUCUAAAUUUUAUUUUUGGUUGUGUGAAAUCUCCAACACAUCCUUUAUAAUGGAACUGUUUUGGCCAGAGAAGCGAGUCUCUGUGGGAAAUCAGCUCUAUUUUUCCACAGAGACUUUUGAGGUUAACUAUCAAUUUAAACACAUCUUUUCAAUAAGGGGCAGAAAUGUUUUGGUGUCACCCAAAUGACAUGCAAUCCUAUGGGGAUUCAGACUGGAAGAUGAUGUUUGUAGAGGGCACUUUAUGGACUUUCUUUCUUUCUCUCUUUCUUUCUAACGUAGUUAUUGUUUCUUUCUUCUUUUUCUUUCUUUUUUUUUGAACAUUUAAAAGCAUCCAUGUUUCAGAAUGAAAUGCAAACGGGGAUGCAUGAGCUCUGAACUCACCUGUGUUUUGUUUCCCGUUGCCUUGAUAUUCAGAUUCAGUAAAACUUAUCGAAACGUACAAAUGGAGAGACAUAAAUCUGAGGCACACUGAUGCACAUAAACUGCUUAAACACAGCAACUCCCAUGAGUUUGUGUCAGGGUACAUAUUGUGAUGAACUGUUCUCCUUUCCAAAAGAAGGUUACACUCCUGUACAAUGACCAGAAAUGCAUUAUUCCUGCGUGUUUACAAUUAUUCUACCAUAAACACUCCACAUUUGUGCAGUGGUGUUAGGCCACAGUGAGGGACUAAGCUCCCUGAACUCAUUCAUCUCAUCUGUAAAGAGCUGUCAGCAGGAAUCACCAUCCUAUACCAGACUCUUCAUCCUCUUCAGUGAAGGGUGCAGGCUGAAGCUAGGCGUAUUUUGGUUAGGUCCACGUAAACCUGGCUUGAUGCCCGUUAAAGUCAUUUCUUUUGCUUUCAGACAAGCAGGAUGCAUUUAGAGCAGCUAACUCCUGUCGCACCACUUUGUUUUUCUUAAUUUAUGAAACUCUUUGUAUUUAACUUUGCCAUGACAAACUUAUUUGAAGUGUAACUGUAGAGGACAUGACAGACUGUUGAGUUUUUCCUUGACAAAAUAAAAAUUUGGCCUAAGUUUUAUUCUUUUUGGUGAUCUUAUUCCUGACCCGUUCAGUUCACAUAUGUUUUCUUUUAGUUUUUUUGUUCUUCUUGUUUUUGAACAGUAGAGCAGAAGUUUUCUUAAACUGUGUGUGAUAGCAGUCAUGCUCCAUCCAUCGAUUUUCUGAUUCAGGGUCUUGGGGACUAGGGCUGAUCCCAGCUGACUUUGAGAGGCAGAGGUCCAUCACAGAGCCUUUUCCAUCCACACCCACUGAAGUGUGUGAAAAGUCUUUAUCUCUGUGCCUUUGAUUUAUGCUCCUCCAUUUCUCUGAAUUUGGCCUGAACAGAUUAGAACUUUUCAUCCUGCCUGUUCAAACCCAGCGCUACACCCCUCCUUUAAAACAUACUGCAGAUGGAUGUUUUGUAGAGUGGGUGGUUGUGUGACACUCUUUACAUUGGUUUCCAUUGUUUUGAGGAGGCACAGCGGUGUAGCCUGCUGAGGUAUUUUGUUCUAGGGUGAGACCAGUUUUCUGACCUUGCUCGAUACUUUUCUGCCUCGAGUCAGAGCUCUUCGAGGCGCUGACAUAAACAACCGGAGCAGCAGACGGUUCGUCUUCAGACAGCUCAGUAACUUUGUGUUACCAGUGCAGGCUUUCAGACAACAAAGGAGCAAGACUAAGCAGGACAUCGCUUCAAGCUCUUGAGGUGUUCCAACCUGCUGUUCGGUUGACACCCCAGUUGAUCACUGACUUCGUAAAUAUGUUGAAUAGAAGGAUCCUUAGGUUCACCGUAAACAUCUAAAUAGCGAGAGUCAAAUGUAGGCUGCAGCGAGGCUGUUGGUCAUUGACAUUGUCAAGUUGUCCUAAAGUCAAAGCGACUGCUGUGCUGUAUACAGGCUAGUAUAGAGAGUACCUGUGGACCUGUGGGUGAUUAUGAUGAAAAGAAUACUCAUUAGUUCAAAUAAAGUGACGGUCAGUGUAAAAGACAAGCAACAAAAAAGCUGUUCUUAAGGUUUCUCUGUGCAUUUGUAGGCACAUUUCACAGGAACAUCUGGCCACUGUAGUUUCUAGCACUGAAUCUGGAGUAGCAGGUUGGCUGUGGGUUAUCCAGGUUACAUUUAUUCCACUGGUUGUUACAGUAGCAUAGGACUUUCCCAGGAAGAAUCCACUGGAUAUAAAGUGAGAUCACACAGCGUUAAAAGAAACCAACCAUCAUGGGUGAUCACGAUACCCUAAUCUUUUUUUGUUCCUUUAAAAAAUUGUUCCACGAGUAUUGGCAAUCAGAUUGUCCAAGGUCUGAGUAAAGUUUAGUAAGAAAAUUGGUGCCAAUCUCUACUAAACAAUGACGAUUGAGCCAUUGCGUAUUUAGAUUAGCAGGGGCUCUAAACAGUUAGCCAAAGCUAACCAAACUUGGUGACCAGCACCUCCGAAUGCCGGUCGGAGGACCAGCAAACCAGUCACAUUCAUUUAGGCUUUCUUUUUCUGAUUUUGUUAAACUCAUUUUUGCCUUGUUUCGAUUGAAACUUUACUGUGAAUUAAGGUGUACUGACCUGGAUUUAUUGGUGAGAAAAGCAGUAAUGGUAUUGCCCAACAGACUGCUUUUAUUAAGAGCACCAUCAAUAAGCACUGCAGAAAAUAAAUUUACAGUAUGUUCAAUUAAAUUCCAGACUGUCAGAAACAAGAGCUCUCUCCUCUUGGUAUUCACCAGCUCACUGGUAACCCGUCCUCGGUUACGUUUUGAAUCCUGUUCCUAACCCUAGAUUUGUCACCAAUAACCUGGGGGAUGACCAGAGGUUAAAAGUCGUGGCGAGCAAAUCCAUGUGAAUGCUGUGAAUGCUCAGGGAAACCUUAACUGUAUUUUGUGUAACAUGUGCCUUUAAUUGUGGCUAGCAUCACAGCGUAGACUUGUAAAUCAGGGAUGAUGAGACGUUACUAACGGACCAGAUGAAUAAAGACGGCAGCUCCUGUAGCGCAAAUCCUCUUUGGUCGUCACUGACAAUGCUGAGCAUCUCGAGCUUCCUCUAAAAGUCUAAGGGCCGUUUAUGAGACGGGUGAUUUUUGGCACUUCAGGAAACUGCCUUGUUUAACCACCUGGUCUGGACACACUGAAGGUGUUGUAACCUUGUGCAGUUGACAAACGUAAGCCUGUAGCUCGGGACCUGGUUCGACUUGUUUCUGAAAUGGAUUCGGUUACUUCUGUGGGAACAUGCAGAGAUCGACUCUGAGCGGCUACUUUCAUGUCAAAGAGAGGAAUGUUCUCUGUACUCACACCUUUUAAAGGGUUUUCAAUAAAGACGACCCGGUGCGAUCCGGUGCAGCGUCACUGCUGCUCUCACCGAACCGAGAAAGGAGCUGAAGAGAUUUCAGAGGUUGAGCCAGGUCUUCUCUUUAACAGACAUCGGUGUACUUUUUCAGUCUUGCGGUGCAUGCACUUAUUUAUUUUGGAUCUUAAAGACAUUCAGUUGAUUUGGACACAUUCAAAAGAUAAGUUUAAGUUCGUUUUCUUGUUUUUUGGAUCAGUGUUGCUUCGUCUCAGUUCUUCUUGACCUGAGUUCGGCUAGCAAAGCCAGCGAUGAAUAACAUCGUAUGUCAGUGAAGAGACAGUGAUACCACUUUCACCUUUUUUAGGAAAUGUCACAGGAAGUAACCAAUCAUGAAACAGGCUUUCUUUGAAUUUCAUUUUUUCCUUUUACAAAAAAGUAUUAUGGCUGUCGGCUUUACUUAUCACUAAUCUGUUAGGACCUUUGCUUUUACUGCAGCCAUGUUGCAUUUUUUUUCCUCUGUAAGCGUUCUCAGCAGUGCAUCGACAGAUUGCUCGAGUGAAAGUAACCCAUAUAUUGUCAGUAGAGCUUCAAUAGUAUGGAGUUGCUCUAUUUAAAGAAAACGGUUAGAAAAAGAAGGGAGGAUGGCAUACUGUAUAUAAUGAUGUCAUUAUUUGUCUAAGAAAAGAUGUUUCAAAUGUGCACUUAUCCUGAUAUAUUCUUUUUUUUCUGUUUAGUUUGCUAGAACUCUUGAUAAUAAACUUAACGUGUGGAAAAAAUAGUGUUCUCCAAGCAGGAUUGAGUCACAUUCAGCUUUCAUUAAUAAUGAGAUGUCCAUAAUUCUGCACAACUUCACUGAAAGAGAGUUUUUGGUUUUGUUUUGUUUUUGCCAGACGGGGAAAAUCCACAAUGAAUGAUUGAAAUCACAUACAGAAGGUUUGCUAAGACUGAUUUUGACUAGCCUGUACAGUGUUUAGUUGAUUCAGUGGCACUGUGUUACUUUUAUAAUGCGUCCACUAAUUUUCUGAAACAGCAAUUAAGUCCAUCCAAAUAAUGCACCAAAGUUCAUAGUGAUACUCCAUCCAAAAUAUAUUAUUAUAGUAUACCUGUCUGGUUGGGCAUAAUUUAAUUUAAAAAAUGUCCAGUGACAUUUUUCAACUCAGGUCCUUGGUAAUGAUUGGCCAUGUUUACCACUAGCUACCACUAUCCACUAGUCCACCGACGGACCAUGUAAGGUUAGGGCUGAGUUUUGUCUUAGCCAUACGUACAUUUUCAGCAUUAAUCCAUUGAUUUCUUUUAUUUGGGUGUUCCAAAGAGCCACCAGUUUUUUAAAGGGUUGAGGUUAAACUAGCUAGAACCUGACCAAUAUCAACAGAUAUUCCUCAAAUAUGAUGAGACCAUCAAUAUUAGGCUCAUGUCUACGUGCUAACAGAUGCAGCUAAGAGGUGGUUAGCCUAGCUAAGCACAGGUUCUAUCCAAAGUUUAAAGGCGCCUUUAGGGUUGCUGAAGAUGCACUGAAAUGUAAAAAUGUGGUGAUUUAAGCUUGUAAUUGGUAAUUAAAAAGCAUUCAUUUAACUUAUUAGGUACAGCUUGUUAUUGGGUGACCAUAAGUCUGCUUAGCUGUUUACCCCAUAGCAUAAUGCCAUGCUAAGCUAAUCACCUCUUUGUUUAUUUUUCUCCCAUAAAGGAUGCAUUGGUCUACCUACAAGCAUGUACCAGCUUUGGUAAAAGCUUGCCUCCUUCUGUAACUGAAGUAACUCAUGUUUAAUGUGGAUUUUCCUUUUAAUUUAAAGCCAGUAAAUGUGUCUUAUACCCUGGACUUGUCAUCUUUUUAUGUACAGAGACCCAAAUGACUAAUGAGAGUUUUGUUAGGAUUCCCUUAACCUCUUUUUCUUUUAAAAUAUUGUAAUGUUUUCAUAAAUUUACAGGUAAGACUUUUCUUGCAAGAGCUGAUUCUCUUUGAAAUGACAAAAAAAAACCUUGUAUUGAGUCUACAAAUGUCCUACUUUCACACCGUCGCACCAGUGACGAUGAAAUUCUUUGCAUUUUUGUGUGAGCUACAACCUGCUUGUUGGUGUAUUUUAUUGUGCCUCCUAACACAAAGUUCAGAGUAGAAGUUUUUAAUUUCCAGACCGAAAACUACAUUUGGGAGAGCUGAAGUUUGUUUUUUCAUGUUUUGGUUGCCUUUUUAGGGGCAUUACUAACAAACUAUAGUUUUAAACCAAGGCUUAUAUACUGUGGAAAAUGUACAUUGAAAAAAAAAAAAAAAAAAGCAGUAAAGGACUGUUGCAUGCUGACCAGUUUGGGUCAUUGGAAAAAUGGUACUAAGGAAGCCUUUACGUUCAAGUUUUCACAACUUACUGGUUGUGGCCUUGUUAUUCAGUUCUGUGGUUUUUGAGUGACUUGCAUUGGAAACAACUCACUGUGAGUAUCCUGAUACGUGGUAUCUAGCCAUGGGAAACACUGCACAUGUGGUCACAAGGGAUGAGGCAUCAGAAAUGUUUCCCUAGAAAUAGAUUUGCGUGAUAUUUGAAGUCCCUAAAGAACGUUUAAGACUAGAAACGCUUCACUGUGUCCACCUCAGUGGCACUGAUUCCUAGAGAUUAAUCAAAAGAACCGUAUAGGUUGUAAAGAUGCGCUGUACAUUGUUUGACACCCCAGUUUAAAUUUCAGUGGUGGGGUUUAAAAUGCCUCCCUAAAAAGCUGUUAACCCACAUGAAGUUUCAAAAUGUGAGCUAGUGGGUUUGGGAUGGAGGUUUGUCUGCUUGUGACAUUUUCAAUCUUUUUAGCAUUGUCAUUGCAAAUAGACUGUUAAUAACUGAGUGCAGAAAUAACUUUCACUGGAGGUUUCUGCUUUACAGGACAACAAAGAAACAAAAUGGCAUGAUUGAAAGUUUACUGUCAGUUGACAUAAAUACAACAAUACAAGUAUUGGACAGUUUUUCUUAUGAAACAUUGCUGUGUUGAGGAUGUUUUCUGGCAGAUUGUCUGGUGGUACCUUGUUUUUUCUUGAUAGAGAGGGGAUCUGGAUGAUUUGAUGUGCAUUUGGUGUGGAUUCUUACUCUUACAGCAACAGUUUAACGUACAAAGGCAGUGACGUGACCAAAGUAUGGACCCAAGCUUGUACACAAACCUUGAUCUUUGACUGGACAUGCCAAAAGAGAAGCUCUCUGUACUGGCUUUUUGUAUGUAUCAAACAUACAAGGAUAAAAUUCAGCUCCUCUUGACUGUAAUACAAGCCCAUGUGACCUUUUGCGUCCCUCACUAAGCUGUUAGUCACGUCGGGGUUGCAGCAUGGUUCACGGGGAACCAUCUAAAGAGAUAAGACCUAAAAUUGUCAUUGUUGUUGGUUGCUAUUCCACAGCACAUGUCAGCAGACAUUUAUUUGCAGAAUGUAUAUAACAUAAGCAAAUACUAUCUAGGCACAUUGUUGGCUGUUCAACUAUAUUAUGCCAGGAAGUGAAGACACGCAGAGAAUCUGUAGAUACUUCAACCAGGGUAGAGAAAAAAAACGCUGUAAAACCUUGUGUGCACUUUUUGGGCAUUUUUCUUUUCUUUUGUACAUACUACUACUAGCAUUUAAGAUGUUUGGGUUGACAUGUCUGGUUAUAGUGCAAUAUAUUUUGUAUGCAAGCAGUUUCAAUAAAUAAAGGUCGAUCUUCCUCAA